AAUUCAUUCGAGUGUAGUUUACACCUCACCCUUUCAUUAGUCGUAUCCUUUUGCGAUAUUUGGCGAACCACUCGACCACAUAAAAAACUUGGGACUAAAGAUUUCUGUUCUUUAGCUCUCGUUGGUUAAACAUUUUUCCUAAGGCGAUAGAUUUAUAUAUUUUUCCAUUGAGCCGACAGUAGAAUAAUUCGUUUCCAAAAUGACUUGGUCCGCAAGCAGUUCUGUCAUUACUCUGUUCGUUCUGUUCCUUUGGCGGGUUGGAGACAUCGCAGAAGCUUGCAAAUGCCCCACUCCGCAUCUUCAACAGGCUUUUUGCAACGCAGACGUCGUGAUCAGGGCCAAGGUGAUUGGAGUGCAACUUGUGUCUGGUAACAUCCACAAGUAUGACAUCCAUCAGAUCAAGAUGUUCAAAGGUCCUGACCGGGUUAUCCACGCCGUCUUCACUGCAUCCUCCCCAGCCGCAUGCGGCGUGACUCUGCAAAUCAACAAGGAGUAUCUCUUCAUAGGAAUGCUGGAGACUGGAAGGAUGUACAUAACACUGUGUGGCUAUAAUCCACGCUGGGAGGACUUGAGUGCCAUGCAAAAGAAGAGCUUGAAUCACCGCUACCAAAGCGGCUGCGUUUGAACGAUCAUCCGCUGCAACUCCCUCCCCUGUCCGACCAGUUCCCCAGAUGAGUGCCUGUGGACAGAUUGGGGGACUGACAAUGGCCAAAACCUUGUCUGUAUCAAGAGUAGAGAUGGGUCUUGUGCCUGGAAGUAGUUCCUGGAUAUUGAAGACUUCCUAACUCUACAGACCAUCCGCUCAGUGACUAAAGAUGCCUGCAAUUAAUAAAAUUAAAAACGCGAUGCUGCAAAUAAUUAUGAUUAAAUGAAAUAAAAGUGCUUACUGGUCACUUCUACGAGUGCAAUAAAAAUAAACUACAAAACCAAA